AUGGCGACGCUCAGAUCCGCCCGCCGCCCGCUUACCCAAACCUCAACGCGCCUCCGCCCACUCUGUUGCGCCCACCAGCGACGAGCCUUCCUGCCCAACCCCUUCGAAGCCCUCAAUUCCGCGCUCCCAAACGCAAAGUCUGCGCCGCAAGUCCUUACUGCUGCGCGGACACUGCCGUACCCCUCGGCCCCCGUUUACUCCAUCAUAGCCGACGUGCCCAACUACCAAAGUUUCCUGCCCUACUGUCAGCACAGCUCCAUCACGAAAUGGUCGGCCCCAGAUAAAGCCUACGGGCGGCGCUGGCCUUCUGAAGGCGUGCUGACGUCGGGCUUUGGCGGCAUUACCGAAAGUUUUGCGAGCAGAGUGUAUUGCGUGCCGGGGCGCUAUGUAGAGAGUGUAGGAGGCGAUGCGGAAACAUCACUCAAGGCCGAGGACAUUCAGCACCAUUUCGAGCAGGCGGCACAGGCGGUGGAUAGAAGCCAAGGGAGCAAUGGCUUGCUGACCUAUCUGCGGAGUACAUGGACGGUCGAGCCUCUGCACGAUGCCAAAACCCAUGUCAGUCUGGCUGUCGAGUUCUCGUUUGCGAAUCCAAUGUAUGCGGCUUUGAGCGGGGGCGUAGCACCUAGGGUGGCUGAAUACAUGGUCAAGGCCUUUGAGAGGCGGGUGCAGGAGCUCUUGGAGAACAACCCUGCCAUGGCCAAAGCAAGCCUGGCAGAUUUAGAUGGAAGUGCACUGAAGAGAUAA